AAUAUCCGUUGGUGGUAACAAUAAUCAUCAAUUUCAAAUUAUCUGAUAAUGUAGUAAAUCCGAUCAGAAAUCGGAUAGUCUGAUUAUAAUAAUCAAAAACCAAGAUAUAAACAGGACAUAACAGAAAGAUCAAUUUCAGCGGCCACAACCACAACGAUGCGGCCAGCUUCGGCUAUUUUACUAUGCUUGAUAGCCGCAGCAUCGGCUUACAAGAAUCCGUACUAUGCUCCUGGGAGAUCAGUGAAUGUGCACCUCUUCGAGUGGAAAUGGGACGAUAUUGCGGACGAGUGUGAACGAUUCCUGGGCCCGCGAGGCUAUGGCGGGAUACAGAUUUCUCCCCCCAAUGAGAAUAUAGUCCUGUGGACAUACAACAGACCAUGGUGGGAGAGGUACCAGCCAAUGUCCUACAAGUUGGUGACGCGGUCUGGCGACGAGCAACAGUUUGCGAACAUGUUGAGGAGGUGUAAUGACGUCGGAGUCAGGAUAUAUGUGGACGCAGUAAUCAACCACAUGACGGGAGAGCCUCCAGAAAACUUGGGAACUGCCGGUAGUACUGCGGUUUUCAACCAAUGGUACUACCCUGCUGUGCCAUACACCCAGGCCGACUUCAACUGGCCUCCCUGCGGCAUAAAUGGCAUGGACUAUGUCAAUAACGCCUGGAGGGUACGAAAUUGCGAGUUGGUUGGACUGAAGGAUUUGGACCAAUCUUUGGAGCAUGUCAGGGAAAAGAUCGUCGACUUUAUGAAUGAUCUCAUCGACUUGGGUGUUGCUGGUUUCAGAAUCGACGCAGCCAAGCACAUGUGGCCUGAAGACCUUCGCAUCAUAUACGACCGCCUCCACAACCUGAACACAGCUCACGGCUUCCCGGCCAACGCCCGUCCUUACAUCUACCAAGAAGUCAUUGACUACGGCGGCGAAGCCGUCACCAGGGAGGAAUACACUCCUAUUGGAGCCGUCACAGAGUUCAGAGUCGGCAUGGAGUUAAGCAAUGCUUUCAGAGGGAACAACCAAUUGAGAUGGUUGACCUCUUGGGGCCCUGAUUGGGGUCUAUUAGCCCAUAGUGAUGCCUUAACUUUCAUUGAUAAUCACGAUAAUGAAAGAGGACAUGGCGGAGGCGGUUGGAUGCUGACGUAUAAGGAACCCAGACCGUACAAAGGUGCAAUAGCGUUCUUAUUGGCGCAUCCUUACGGAGAACCACAGAUCAUGAGUAGCUACGACUUCUUGGAUUCGGAAGUUGGCCCGCCGAUGAAUAGCCAAGGUCAUAUCAUUUCUCCUUCUAUUAAUUCGGACGGCACAUGCGGCAACGGUUGGAUUUGCCAGCACCGCUGGCGGCAGAUCUACGCGAUGGUAGCCUUCAGAAAUGCCGCAGCCGACGCCGGCAUCAACUACUGGUGGGACAACGGCAGCAACCAGAUAGCUUUCUGCAGAGGCGGCAAUGCUUUCAUCGCUUUCAAUAACGAUUAUUGGAACCUGAAUCAGAAUUUGCAAACCUGUCUACCAGCAGGCAACUACUGCGAUGUGAUCUCGGGCAACAAAGUGGGCAACUCCUGUCAAGGCAAAACCGUGACAGUUGGCAAUGAUGGGCGAGCGAUUAUCAACGUCGGUGCGAACGACUACGACAUGAUGCUGGCCAUCCAUGUUGGUCCCGAGAGCCGCCUGUAAUGUUUUGCCGAUGAUCCGACUGAGACACAAGAGCAAUAAAUGCAAUAAAUUCGAAAUAAAAUAAUAUCUUUUA